GUCGUGCUGUCCUCGUCGGGCACGUAAUGCUAUUGUUUUACGUUCUCUUCCUUGUUGUUGGGGUCAAACUAGCCCUCGUUCUCAUCAAGUGUUGUGGUUUCUUCAUCAAGUUAAUCUGUUGCGUGUGCUGCGGUGUCUCUUUCGUUUACGUUAGGUGAGAAUCAGCAAGACUGCUUGUAAUUAUUUGGGACUAAAAAUUCAUCUGCACAAAUGCCGGCUGUGAGAAUGACGGAGGCACACUGAGAGUGAUCUCAACAUUUACGUUUUUGGAGGAUUUUGUUUUCAAGUGUUCACAUCUUCAAGUUUACCUGAACUAUUUAAUUAUUAUAAAAAUAAUAUAUAAUUAGCUCGUAGAUCAUACAGCAAUAGCUCAUGGUUACACAUAAUUUGAGAAUCAUACGGAUAUUCUCAAUUAAUUGAAAGUCUGUGCAUAAUUUUAAAGAAAAAAUUGCUGACCAACAAUGUUGAGUCCUAAUUAAUUGCAGCUGAAUACUGCCUCGUAUACGAUACAAAUUGAAUACACGAAGGAUUUGUCCCAGCUUUGUUAUAUUCUCCGGGCACCCUGGCGCGAUGACAAAUGAAUUUUCAAUGCUCCCUGACAUCGGACCUCCAAUCAAAUGGCCCAGUUGAGAUGUAGGAAAUUAUGAAGCUCAGAGACCAGUGACACAUUAAAACAAGUGCCUUCAAAAUGGGAUGUGGGGGAUCAACACACCCGAGGGUCAUGCGGCGUGAGGAUUAUCCCGCACCCGUGGCUUUUGAAGUACCCCUCGAAGAAGGAGAGGAAAGUUUGGUGAAGAAGCAUCCUCCGAAAAGGCUCCAGCGACUAGAGGACCAGCAGUCACCGAACAUUACAGCUAAAGAUAUCGAGUCGAAGCUAGCCGAGGCCGAGCAGAGAAGGCUCCAGAUUUUGAACCAACGAAUCCAGUCUGCGAAGGCGGCGGUAAAAGCCGUGAAGAAGCCCUCAAAGCCCGAAGAAUAAACGAAUUAAAAUAUGAGAGUGCCUUCAAUACCCACUGGAGGAAUCAAGAGAGAUAUACUAUACCUACAGACUAGUAAACAUGCGUACUUUGCGUUACUUGUUAAAUAUAAUAGUAAAUUUUUGUAAUAAGUGUGUGGUAUGUGACGCUGUGGAAAACAAAAUCUUUCAGCCUUCCAAGUGAUAAGUGUACUCCAAAAGCUUGGAGCUUGCAAUUUUGAGAUUAAUCUUCAUCACAUUUCUUCAGGUCGCAAGUAUCAGUAGCGAGGGGUAAAUCACAGGCUAUGUAUCGAUAUAUUUGCAUUUGAAAUUAUAGUAAAGAAUCGAUUAGGUAUCAACGAUUUCGUCGCGAACUCCCUGCUAAUCGAUCCUUUUCCAUAGGUUUAUAUGGAAGAUUCAUCGUUCAUCCCCAUUGAUAGGCAUUUGAAUGCAUGAUUAAACCGCCGAUUAAAAAUACUGCCGUUGAAGACAGGCGGCUUUAGAAAAAUGAAUUUACAGGGGGAGAGGCAAGAGGGCAGGCUCCCCUUCCGUCCUGAACCAGUAACUUGACUUUUGACAAGCAAUUCUGGCCGAUUUUUAAGCGUUUUAUUUUUUUAGUUACCCACGUUGAAGUUUCGCCCCAAUGCAAGUUGGACUGAGGAAGCGUCCCUUCAUUCGAUGGCUACCAAAUCUUGGAGCUCUCUGAUUUGUUGAGAAAAGACAUGAUCUUUGACAAACCGGAGGCCAGGAUUCUGUAAUCUGUAACUUUAAGUUGCUACCAAUUUGCGCACUCGUUCGUUUCUUAAAUUUUGAAUUCUGAACUUUCCUUAUUUUAGCCUCAGAAUUCGAACAUGCGUCACCGUUUUUUGAAACUGAAUUUUCAUUGACCAAGAGAGAAACUUGCACAAAUUUAGCAACACGCGAAGGCACAUAGGAUGUUUUGAAUUCGAACUGUUAGUAUCCAUUUACGCUUAGUCGCUACCGUGCUUAAUGUGACCCUCUUAUAUCGUUACUUCUUUAAUCAGGUUUUCAGAUGGAGAAUCGUCAGUGUAUCAUAUCAUAAUCUCAUGAACUAAUUUUGAACCUAGCAACGCCUAUGACUCUUUAUUGAUUUAUUCGUUGAUUUAUUUCUUCAUUUAUUAAUUCAUUUUUUACUGUACUCUUUUGUAAGGUUGGAGAGAAAAUUCAAUUUUAUAACCUCCUCCAGUACCUUUGAUGAGAAUG